AUGAAAGGACAAGAAGAGGAUAUGCAGCCCGCAGAGAGUUCAGUCGUGCAGUUCAUCGAGGAUCGUGGGCCCCAGUUCCAUCACGUCUUCGCAAUGCCAUCCUACUUCGACAAGUCGACUUCGACUUUCGAGGCAAAGAUUGUCUUCGAGCUUCGCGAGACGAUCGAGCGGUGCAAAAUACAGACUCCCAACCUGGUUGACUUCAACCUCGAUAUCAAUUACUGCACCUGGGAAGAAGUCAAAUUGGAGCUGCACAAAGCUAAAGCUGCCGCGGCUUACAGUCGGGAUCGCGCCAAAUCUUUCAUUCCCGGCCUUUUUUACGAACUUGGAAAGGGGCACGACUAUUUCGAGGCAGCCCUCGAUGCCAUUCCAGAUUCAGCUCGAGUCCUUCGUGCAGGCCUCGCUGUUAUUUUUUGUUUGGCUCGACAUCGCGUCCAAGUCCGGCAGAAGAUUCUAGAUGCCUUUGAAAACAUCCCAAACAUUGUGCAGACGGCUGAGCUCAAGCUGAGAACUCUGGUCCGCGCGGGGAAAGAAGAGGCAAACAGGGAGCUGAACGAAAAAGUGAAAGAGUUGCAGAAGACCCUUCUAGAGACAAUUCCACACUUGAUCGAAGCGCUGAACCCAGGAACCUUCCGACCGGCACCAGUUCGCAGAGCGCUGAGUCCCUUCCGUGGAUUUAAUAUAGAUGAACUGCUCGGGACCGUGUAUCGCAAGGCCGACACUGUACACAUUUACACGGAGAGAAUCAAGGACGAAAUCAUAACUGAUACCCACAACUUGACAUGGGACACCAGAAAGCUGUCACGCGAAAAUCGUGAGAAGAUCGAUACCCUCCAUGCGAAAAUCGACGAAGUUUUGAAGGAGCAGAAAAACUUGCAGAGUCUUUUUGAUCUUUCUAGCAGUAGCAAGAACUUUCUGUUUCAAUUUCUGAUGGACAAUCAAAAAAGAAAUGGAAGCAUGAGCGCCGAAUCUUCGGCCGAUACGCUUGUGAACGAGCCUCGGAGCUUCGUCCCUGCAUACCCGGGUCCUACCUUCACGCCGAACGAACUGCUGGAACUCUUGGAAGUGCCACACCUCGGGCUAAACGAGGACAAAACCCACGUUCUUCGUCAUGGACGAUCAUUAGAUAAUUCCACACUUAGUGCGGCAUCGCUCUUGAUCUGCUGUCGGCAGGUCCAGCACUUGUUUGGUACGCCCACGUCUGGCAUCGUCCUGGUCGAGGGCUGCGGGGACCGCAGUCAGUCAGCACGUGUCUCGCCCAUCUCAGUGGUUUGUGCCACUCUCUCGCACACGCUGCAGUCCCGGCCUACCAGCGUUACUCUGCUCUUUUUCUGCGGACGACAUGUAGCCAGCGACGACGAACUGUGUGGCCCUCUAGGUCUUAUGCGAAGUCUGCUUUCGCAGCUGAUCCUCCUCAUGGUGCAGAAGAACUGGGUAUCAGGUCUCGCCCGGAUCGGUCUCUCGUGUGGUGAAGAGGAGUCGGAGUGGAAAGGCCUCUCUUUGCACGAUGUCUGCCAGCUGUUUUAUCGGGUGCUGGAAUCGAUCCCUUUGGCGGCAGAGGUAAUCUGCAUCAUCGACGGCAUCUCGUUCUUUGAGCGUGAUGAAUGGUGCCAUGACUAUGAUCUGGUCAUGAACACCUUUGGGACAAUCAUCGACGAAGCAAAACUCAACCCCAAGUUCAAGCUGCUCAUGACGACACCAACGCGAAGCAGUCGACUGUCCAGUCUAGAGCAGCAUCAGCGGGUAGCCCUCCGGAACAACGGAUCACAAAUGUCUAUCUGGGCAGCAUUCCGGGCAGCAGAUCGGUGA